UUGGUGUGUACACUUUGGGGCUCAUAUGCAGAUACAAUAGUGGCAUACCUAGGGAAUGAAAGUGACGAUGAGGCUCCAGUUUUGAUAGUUCAUCAGUGUAUGGUCAAGACUUUUGGAGGGGUCGUUGGGAUUUCAAACUACUAUCAUGGUACAAAAUUGCUAAUCAACUCUGAUGUCUAUGACGCUAUAGAAUACAAGAAAAGGUUGUAAAGUACUGAUGUGUCUAUUUCACAAGGAAUUACCCAGAUGCCAUCCCAGAUUAAACUUUCAUUUGAGGAAGAAAUUCUUGAAGCACCAAGGAUGACAAUAUCAGAUAUCAGUUAUUGCACUGAGCCUUGCACUGUAUCUAUACUUGCUAAAGUCAUUGAGAUCAAUUAUGAUAAUGGAUGGAUGUACAACUCAUGCUUUAAGUGCUUGAAGAAAGUAGAGGAUGUUGGAAAUAAAUUUUAUUGCUCCAAAUGCUCUAAAAUGGUGAAGUCUAUCAAAAGGUAUAAGGUCAAUAUUUAUGCCAUUGAUGACAGCGGUUCCGCAUCUUUGGUAUUAUUUGACGGGUCUCUUUUGCCAUUUAUUGGAAAAAAUGCUGAAGAAUUACAAGCUGCUAUGGAUGAGGCGGCUCAUGGUCAGGGGUAUCCAAUUGAGCUGAAUUCAAUGAUUGGUGAAUUUUUUAUGCUGAAUAUUGAUGUUACCCAGAAGAACAUCGAGGACAAUUGGCAAACUUAUACAGUGAGGAAGUUGAGUCAUGACCAAGCAAUAAUUUCCAAAUACAGGCUUAAGCAUAAUAUAGAGGAUGUUCAAAACAAAAACUGUGAUGCCACACAGUCAGCUCAUGAUGACCAGGGAACACCUUCACAACAACCAUAUGAUCUAUCAAAGGAUUGUACGCCCAGGGUAAAUGACCCUGGUGCUUCAACCGAAGUGUGUGGGAAGCGAGAUUCUGAUGUCGCAGACUUGGCUUCGCAAGAUGAAGGCGAAAGGCUGCAAGCAUCUGCUGUGAAGAAAAAACUCAAGAUGGCCACUGUUAAAGUGGAGCCAAAUUCAAACUAGAACGCAUUAUGUGUGUUGCGGGUGGUUUUUUAUGCUCUAUGUUUUUGUCGUUGCUUUUAGAUAUUGGAUUUUCUGAUUGGGUUCUGAGGAUAGUUUCAAAUUAAUAAGUUGUUUGUUGGAAUUUUGAUUAAGUCUUUAUGGUGAACUAUUUUUUUAUGGGCUCAUGAUCAGUGCACGA